AUGAAGAUCUUAAACAAGUUAUAUAAUAAUGCGUUCAGAACAUCAAGGAGAGCCUUUUCUUUAGUAACAAAAAAUGCCCACGAUUUUAGCGCCCAAGGAUUAAACAAGAAUAAUGAAAUUAUAAAUGUACAAUUGUCAUCAUUUUUUGGUCAGAAAUAUUGUUGUUUAUUAUUUUAUCCCUUAAAUUAUACGUUUGUGUGUCCAACGGAAAUAAUAGAAUUCAAUAAACAUAUAAAAUCUUUUGAAGAUAGAAACGUGGAGUUAUUAGGAAUAUCAGUAGAUUCUGUUUAUAGUCAUUUGGCAUGGAAAAAUAUGCCAAUUGAAAAAGGGGGCAUAGGGAAUGUCAAUUUUACCCUAAUAUCUGAUAUAAAUAAAGAUAUUUCAAAAAAUUAUAAUGUACUAUACGAAAAUUCUUUUGCCUUAAGAGGUCUUUUUUUAAUAGAUUUAAAUGGAAAAAUUAGGCAUAAAACUGUGAACGACUUAUCAAUUGGGAGAAAUGUAAAUGAAGUCUUAAGAAUAAUAGAUUCUAUAAUCCAUGUUGAUAAUAGUGGAGAUGUGUGUCCAAUCAACUGGAAAAAAGGAGAUAAAUCAUUUAAACCGAACAAUGAAUCUUUGUUGAAUUAUUUAAAUGAGGGAUAA